AAUCUAACCCCUCUUUGACGGUGACUUUGAAGGGAUGACAUUUUGUGCAGUUAUUGGAAGAAUAAUUUCAAGGGUUAUGAUAUAAGGAGAAUUUAUUCAUUGGCUUAAGGUUUUCGCAAAAGCACGGAUGGAGACUAGCUGAAACGCGUAAAGGCAUGGGACGCACAUUACAUGUCGGUGUGUAACAGUGUAUACGGAUAAUUAAACGACAGUAUACGGCAAUGUCUGAUGUGGAUCCACAGUUGAAAAGACUAUUACUACCUGCUGAGGAAACUUUGUUUGAACAGAUUUUGAGAAUAGGUCUUUAUCUAGGAGCUGUAUUUCAAGUGGCUUGUAUAUUAGCAAUAGUGCUCUAUCAGUCAGGACCUAACGAUGGUGUUGCAGCUUUGAAGGAUGAUCCAAGCGAUGUGGAAUGUUCGGAAAACAGUCCUCAGGUGACCCCUAGAAGACCUCACCGGCCUCGCAAACAAGAAAAGAAGAAAAGACGUUAAUUUCUCAUUACAUUCCUUUAGACUAAUCAGUAUUAUCACUAGCUGGAAUAUUUACAGAUGUUUCUAACUUAUUUCCAUCAAAUAUUUAUUACCUAGGAUAAUUCAUACACGAAACACUGGUUAAUAAAAUGAACUUAAAGAAA